AUGACGGAGAUUGGCAAGCAUGACGCCCUUGUCCUGUUGACGCAGGCAGCAUUCAUUCCAAGGCUGUCAUACUUUUUACGUACAUCUCUUGGCCCGUCUCAACAAAAGUCAGAUGAAUUCAACAACGAACUACGCAUGGGUUUUCAGAAGAUAUUUAAUGUGUUUUUUGAUGAUAAAGGUUGGAAGCAGGCUAUAUUGCCGGUAAAUAUGGGUGGACUGGGUUUGGGUGUCGUGGCCGAGUUGGCACCGUCAGCAUUUUUGUCAUCGGCCGCGGCCACGGCAGCCCUCCAGGAUAAAAUAUUACCAAUGGAUGUAGCAUACCAGGAUGAUUUGAGACUUGAAACAUUUCGGCGUUGGUGCACGGUUUACGGAGAUAUAAUGGACAUAAAUGUGUGUUCGCAGAAGAAAUCGAAUGAACCAUCUUUGAAUGUUUCAAAAUCGAAACUGGAGAAAUUAAAUGACUCUCCCUCAGAUAAGGCCAGGUUGAUGGCCGUCAGAAGUGAAUUGGGGUCUGCUUGGCUAAGGGCCAUUCCCAGUACAGCUUGUGGUAUAAGGCUCGACAAUGGUUCUAUUAGAGUGAGUUUAUGCUUGAGACUUGGGUUGCCGGUGGUGUCAGGUUACAGAUGCUUGUGUGGGGCGGAUGUUUCUCAGUUGGGUCACCAUGGUUUAUCGUGUAGGCUUAGUUCAGGAAGACAAGCAAGACACUCUGCCAUGAAUGAUUAUAUAUGCAAAUUAUUCCAGAAAGCAGAUAUACCCGCCGUUAAGGAACCAGCAGGCCUACUAUCUGAAAGCAACUUCAGGCCAGAUGGUUACACCCUGGUACCGUGGUCCCAAGGUUGUUGUUUAUCAUGGGAUGUGACGUUCCCUCACACGUUAGCCGAAAGGUACAUCAAUUACACGGCUAUGGAGCAAGGUUCCGCCGCGGUGAAGGCUGCUGAUUUCAAAAAUACUAAGUAUAAAGAUUUAAACGACAAUACGAGAGUUUUUGUUCCGAUCUGUGUGGAGAUAUUUGGCCCAGUGGAUAAACAGACACAAUUAUUUUUUGAUAACAUUGCUACUAAAAUAGUUGAAAAAUCUGGUGAUCCCAAUGAUAAAAUUUAUAUAAAGCAAAAUAUAUCGUUGUUGUUACAAAAGUUUAAUUCAUUUUGUAUUUUAGAGAACAUUGCUAAGUGCCCUUCUGUGCGAGACCCUGAAUAUUGUCUGUUGAGCAGGGGCGAAAUGAUA